AAACUGUCAUGCGGGGUAACUGUCUAGUGAGGCACCACUGUAAAAGCUAUAUAUAAAAGCUUUCCCUGCUUCUUGCAAGGGGGGGAUGACAGAACAGGACACAGAGGGUGGUUUCCCCCUUCUUUUUCUUUACAAUCUAGCGCUGUUUUACUUCAGUGACCAGCCAAUGAAGUGAUAUAUCAGCUUUCCCCCAGGAGGAAGCAGGAGAGGAUGGAGACCCGUGGAAGCUGACAGGGAGUCACAGAACAAAGAGGGUCAUUUUGUGGUGAGGCAUAGCUUCCUGUUCCCAAACCACCGGAUCCCUGCGCGCGGAUGCCAAGAUCCUUCAUGAUCCCAGGCUGCCCUCUCAAGCAGUCCUGUCCAUCUCAGGAUCACUUCACUCCUUGGCUGCCUUCUCUCCUUUCUAAUGUUUGCGGGCCUGCGGAGAGGAUAAGAAUGAGGCUGACAAAAUUGUCGUGCCUAAUUGUCGUGGAAUUGAUCUGAGAUUGUAACUUCCUGGACUCAGUUCCUCGUCAUGUCUGUUUCUAUGCCUAAGUGGCUAACCCUCUGAGGAGAAGGAAGUAUAAGGUACACAAGUGGAGCAUGAAUGCAAAAAUAAAAAUAAAAUGGGAAUGUCACUGAAAAUCUACAGCCAAGCUCUUCCUCCGGCAGCAAAACCUAUAAUUGUGAUGUCAGAUGUUCAGAUGCUUCACUUCCAAAUGCUGUGUGAUUCUCCAGCCUGCCUUAAACUGUCGUCGGGAAGCCCAACGAUCUUCUGGAGAUGGAGGAUGGGCAUUCCUCUGAAAACUGCAGUGAUCCUCCAGUAGGUUUCCAUGCCUCCAUGUAUGCAGCCACCUAUACCAUCAUUUUCAUCCCUGGCCUUGUAGGCAAUGCCGUCGCCCUCUGGGUUUUGUGCCACUUCAUCAAGAAGAAAAGCAAAGCCGUGGUGUUCAUGGUGAACUUGGCUGUUGCCGACCUGGCCCAUGUCUGCUCUUUGCCCUUACGGAUGUACUACUACAUCAACCACAGCUGGCCGUUUGGAAGCGUCCUCUGCCAGCUUUGCUUCUAUCUCAAGUAUCUCAACAUGUAUGCGAGCAUCUGCUUUCUGACCUGCAUCAGCAUCCAAAGAUACCUUUUCCUGAGGCAUCCCUUCAAAGCCAAAGACUGGAAGUGCAGGUACGAUGUGGCUGUCAGUGCCGCCAUUUGGACUGUGGUGGGGGCUGCUUGUUUACCCCUUCCGAUCCUGAGGAGCCCAAGCCUGACCAACAAUACCGACACCUGCUUUGCUGAUCUUGGAGUGAGACAAUUGACUAUGGGAGCCUCCGUCACGAUGGUCGUUGUAGCAGAGCUCUCUGGAUUUCUGGUACCUCUCGCGAUCAUCCUUUCUUGCACGUGGCGAAUGAGGCAAUCUUUGAAGGAAGGCCAUCCUCCUUUGCAAGAGACCAAUGAGAAGCACAAAGCUUGGCGCAUGAUCUUAGGAUGCGUGGCGGUCUUCUUGAUAUGUUUCACGCCCUAUCACGUGAACUUCCCUCUCUUUAUGAUGGUGAAGCUGGAGGCGAUUCGGGCCUGCUCCGUGCGUCACGGAGUCCUAUAUUUCCACUCCAUUUCGUUGUGUCUCGCAAGCCUCAACUGCUGCCUGGAUCCCGUUAUCUACUAUUUCAUGACCUCGGAGUUUCAGCAAAAGUUGCUCCAGAACUGCUCGUUCGCCUCCUGCAGCCGUUUCAUGAGUCUUGAUAGCAGUGGGACGACAAUCUCAUCAGCCGAAGAAAAAAGCGAGGCUGAUAAGAGAAAUAAGAAUAUUUUGAUGACGUAUUUUUGGAUUCGUGGGCCACGUAGACUUAAGGAUGAUGGCAUGGAGUCUCCUCUUUCUUCUUAGCUAAGGGACACCUCAUAGAGUUGUCUGUUGAUCUCCCAUUACUUGGUUACUCGGUACUUAAUCAGUAAGCCCUCAGCAGAACGUCUGGGCUCACUCCAUUAAAAAAGUACCAAGUCAUUACUGGGUGUCAUGAAAUUCCUCUCUGUGGUGAUUAAACUCUUACCAUUUGAAAGGUGUUAUUUUAUGGAGCAGCCAGCAAGUGAUUUUUUAAAAAAUCUGAAAGUAAAAUAGUGUUUUCUUUUCCUCGUGGUUGUAAACUGGGGCAGGGUGAGAGAAUAUAUUACCCAUUAAUCGAAUCUGAAAUUAAUUUCUUCACAUCCUGAUGUGUGAGAGCAUUCGUGAAAGCGUGCACAUAUAUUUCAGUUUCCUAUCACAGGCCACCGUUUCCUGUCACAAGCACCCGCUCGUUUUGUUCCUAUCAUCCUUUCUGAAUCAUAAACAAAGAAAUGUACAAAACUCAAAAUGUAUGUUUUUCAAAAAUGCAUGAAAACGUACCUUAGUGAAUGGGGCUAAGCGUACAAGAAUAGGUAUAGAAUCAUGGAGUUGGAAGGAGCCCAUAAGGCCAUCAGGUCCAACCCCGUGCUCACGGCAGCAAUUCACAUCAAAGCAGAUCGGGCAGAGGGUUGUCUAAAGUUCUCUUGAAUGCCUCCAAUGUUGACACACUAUGAAGCAACAUGUUUAAAAGGGCAUGUAAUAAGAUCUACAAAUUUCCAUGUGAAACCGCCCCCCACAAACCAAAUGUAGACAACAUGCAAGUGAAAUCAGUCAAGUAGUGAAAAGAAGACAGAAGGCGCGACUAGUUUGUGCUGAAGUUGGAAUGGUUUAAUUCAAUGUAUUUUCUGUUGGCUUGCUUGCUUGCUUGCUUGCCUGCUCUUUUAGUGAAAACACUACUCUGCGUGGUUUACAAAUUAAUAUUAAAAUUACAGUUAAAAAUUA